CUAAUUUUCAUCAACCAACUUACACCGUCGAGGUCUGUUUGGCAAGUCCCAUCUAUCUCCGCUUCAAGUUUUUAGUGAAAUUAGGUCCUCUACACUAGAGGAGGGGCUCCUGAAGCACUGUUCAGAAAGAUUAUAAAUGCAGAAUGACGACUCAGUGGGAAAGGGUGUCGCAAGUGACGACCAUCGUAUUUGUGGCGAUCCGUUGGAUCUUGAGAUGCAGAUUGUAGAGGACAAAGAACAGAGCUCAUUGGGAGUUUCGCCCAUCCAAAACAGUGAUCAAACGUUGCUCACCAUUGUGGUUUCUGAUGGGGAGUCAUUCAAUCAAGUUGGUGCGAUUGUUGAACGAGUUGACAAGUUUUCCGAGGCCACCGAUGGAGAAGUGGCCGCUGUGGAGUCUCCUAAGAAAGCUCACUUAUCAAGGAAUACAAGUUCCCGUGAACAAUGCAGAGUUUGUCAACAGGAAAAGGAUGAAGAUUUAAUAGAUCUUGGCUGCAAGUGUCGAGGUGGGCUUUCGAAGGCCCACCGGUCAUGCAUAGAAACAUGGUUUCGAAUGAGAAGUUCAAAUAAAUGUGAGAUAUGCCAACAAGUAGCUGCACAUGUGCCACUUCCAGUCUCUCAGCCAAGUACAAGUUACUGGGUUUGGAGGGUUGACCCUGCCUUUGGAGGGUCGAGCAUAGCACAAGAACGAGGGAGGGGUUGUUUUAGUCCGCUUUGGGUGGCAUUCUCAAUCCUCAUUGGUGGUCUCCUGCUGGAUGUGUUGAUAUCUAUUACGCUCGGUGUCUCUGCACUUCCUGUCAACAUUAUAAUUGGCGUUAUUGUUGUGCUUGGACUUGGAACUGCUCUUCGGCUUGCCUUGGAGUUCUGUCAGGACUGGAGUGUAAGGAGAGUAGUGCAUAGGGUGGAAGCAAAUGUUCAUCUCGGGUAUCAUCCUGCUUUGUAGGUAAACUUGUACAUACACUUAUGCACUUCCAAUUGGAUUUGUUUUGUACGAAGGACAACUCACCCUUCAAUGUAUUAUUUACUUCUUGAGGUGACUGUUUAUGCUCUCUGCAGCCAUCUAUACGCCGGCAAGCACUCAAACAGAAACUCCCCAACAUUGUGUACCAUUUAAUUGUCUUUUGAAAUGUUAUGAAUGGGCCG